UUCGGACGCAACUGAGCGCCGAAGAAGUCAGCGUCCGCCGGGUGUGGGAGUAAGCCGUCGGGCCGUGGGCCCGAUCUGCCAGACUCCUACCGGCAGAACCUCGACUGCUUAGCCUCCGGAGCUAGGGCAAGCUCUCACCACGUGACUGGAGUGAGCUGUCGGGCCACGGGCUCGAGCUUCCGGAUUCCCACAGGCAGAACCUGUACUGUCUAACCUCCUGAGCCAGUACGAGGUCCCAUCGCGUGACAAUCUGGAACGACUAGUGCCUUCCAUCGACGAUGGUUCGGCGCUCUUCACCUACACGACCAUGUGCCAGAACUGUUGGUCACGCACUCAGCCGCUCCUCCGCCGGUGCCGCUGCCUAUCCCCGAGAGACUGUCCGUCCCCGCGAAACCGAAGCGAGAUGGCGAUCAACAUACCGGGCCUGGUGGCCAUCAUAUUCUUCUACCUCAUCAUCCUGGUGGUGGGCAUCUGGGCCGGCCGCAAGGACGAUACGCCGCGUCGAGGCAUGUUUUCAAAGAGCGUGGGCGAACAAUCCCACAUCAUGCUCGCCGGCAGAAACAUCGGGCUGUUCGUCGGCGUCUUUACUAUGACCGCGACCUGGGUUGGUGGCGGUUAUAUCAACGGUACCGCCGAAGUGGUCUACCUCAGCGGGCUCUCCUGGUGCCAGGCUCCCUUCGGAUACGCCCUCAGCCUGCUUAUCGGCGGAUACCUGUUCGCGGUGAAGAUGAGGAAGGCCGGCUACAAGACAAUGCUGGACCCUUUCCAGCAGCACUUCGGCGCCCGCAUGGGCUGCCUGCUCUUCCUGCCGGCCCUUUGCGGCGAAGUGUUCUGGUCGGCCGCCAUCCUCGCCGCCCUUGUACCUGCUGAUGCCCACCACUAA